AUGUUAGGUGCGGGCAGGCCUCGGCGCAGCCGGGGGCGCCAUGUCUGUUAGGGGCGGCUGCCUGCAAAGGGCGCCCGGGCCUGCGCCGGCCCCGCACUGUACGCUGCACUGUACUGCCGCGGGCACCCGCACGGGAGCGCGCCCAGGCCGGCCGUGAGUCACAGCGAGGACGGGCCGCUGCAGGUAGCAAACCCCGUGAUUUGCAUCACCAAAGUGUAGCAAUUAGCAACAAUCUCUUUUGCUCGCAGGACGCCAUGAGCAGUAACACCAAGGUGUUGGCUGCCAGGUGUGAAUGAACACCUUGUUUUCCUGCUCGAAGUUCAAGGUAUUGCAGGAGGUCAGAGGUCUGGGAUCUGGGUGGUUAAGCUGGGUAAGCCUUUAACUCGGGUCGGGUCAGUUACAUUUUUUUUCAUUGUACUCUGACGACAGGCUACCCAUAAAACAAAGAACAGUUAGCAGGUUCAAGGGUUACUCAAAUGCCAUGUAAUGUAUUAUCACCAGACAGGGUUCAUGCUAAACAACAAGGUUGUAGAAUAACUUAGCCUGAAAGGGACCCUUCCUCAAAGCGGGGCUGGUCUCAGAGUUGCGCCAAGUUGCCUGGGGCCUCAUCCAGACUGAAUUAGGAGCUCCUCCAUAAAGAAGGACUACCCUUCCAAUCAACUGACCUGAGUGCACAGCUGAAAGCCUGGGGAGGAAUUCAGCAGGAUGAAGCCUGUCAUCGUGGUGCACGGUGGAGCUGGCCGGAUCUUCAAGGAGCGAGAAGAGGGAUGUCGUGCUGGUGUUGUCAGAGCUGCGCUGCGAGGUUACCAUGUCCUGAGGCAGGGAGGCAGUGCUGUAGAUGCAGUUGAGGAGGCAGUACGGUCAAUGGAAGAUGAUCCUCAUUUUAAUGCAGGUUGUGGAUCUGUUCUAAAUGAAAAAGGCGAAGUAGAAAUGGAUGCCAUUAUCAUGGAUGGAAAAAAUUUAGACUCUGGAGCAGUAUCUGCAGUUAAGUGCAUAGCAAACCCAGUAAAACUUGCUCGACUUGUUAUGGAAAAGACAAAGCACAUGCUGCUGACUGACCAUGGUGCACACCUGUUUGCUCAGACCAUGGGUAUUCCUGAAGUUCCAGGGGAGAAACUCAUAACUGAGAGAUCCCGGGAAAGAUGGAAGAAGAACCUUGAGCCAGAUUCCAACCCUGAAGAGUUUCAGAAAGACCUUGGAACAGUCGGUGCUGUUGCUAUAGACAGUGAAGGCAAUGUAGCUUGUGCAACAUCCACGGGAGGACUCUCUAAUAAACUGAUUGGCCGUGUUGGUGACACAGCAUGCAUAGGAAGUGGAGGUUAUGCUGACAACCAUUCUGGUGCCACUUCAACGACAGGACAUGGGGAGAGCAUUAUGAAAGUGGUCUUAGCCCGACUGAUUCUCUAUCACAUGGAGCAAGGAAUGUCACCAGAGGUAGCAGCGGACACUGCAUUAGACUACAUGAAGACACGAGUUGGGGGUUUGGGGGGUGUCAUUGUUGUCAGCAAGGCAGGAGAGUGGGCAGCAAGGUUCUCCACCAAGCAAAUGUCCUGGGCUACUAUAGAGGAUGACAACCUGCAUUAUGGGAUUUAUGCUGGGGAGAAGCAUACAAAACCUGUUGAUGAAGCACUUGCAUCUGAAAGGGAGGGACUCUAAGAAUGAAAAAAGUUGACUGAUGGAGAAGAAUGAAGGUCUCCAGUUUUUGUUGGAGGAUAGUGACAGCUGAUUUUGUCUUUCUGAGAGAUGUUUUAGUUCACAGGCAUUACCACAUUUACAGUCAAAACAAAAUCUGGACAUAGUUCUUUAGUGGACAUGUAUAUAUGUGUAGUCUUUUAAUACCUCAAGUCAGAUCCUCCUUUUUUAGAUAAGAAAGAGAAUGGUGUGUAGGUUCCUUGGUUAGCAUGCCUUAAUCUUACAUUAAAGGGAGUCUUGAGUUUCAGUAUUAGAGGAUCUCCUGUGUACAUUCUCAGAGACUGCUGCCAGGAUGAUUUGAGACAUAAAUGCCUAUUAAUUAAAAGCUGAAUUUUGGAAGUCCAGAGUCUUUUGAGCAGCCAUCUCAUGAUAACUUGCUAAUUGUUGGUGAAAGUACACCAUAGAGCAGCAAAGGGUUAAGAUUAAAAUCAUUGUUGCAGUCUUGAGCUAACUUGUCACAUAAAAUGAAGUAAAGAAAGUAACUUUCUCCAUAGAAGGGAAGGUGAUGCUAAGGAGCUCUAAUUCCAUUCCUUGACAUCAGACCGGAAAUCGCAAGAAAAUUGGGUACAGUAUUUCAAAUUGUACCUGGUCAGUUAACAGGAAAGAUGCUAUUGACAGUAAUAUUUUGGGGUGGUAUUGAAGAAAGUUGUUAUUUCAAUAAAAUAAUGGCAAUCUUUACUACUGAAAUGUAAAGGUGAUAGGCACCUUUUAAGUCAAAACAUGAAACAGACGCUGAUUAACUGGAAAAAAUAAUUAUCUGAAAGUAAGUGGUCAAAGCAAGUUGUACUGAAAUAAAUAAAACUGCCUGUUAACAA